AGUGUUUGAUGGGCAGGCGAGGAUGAUGAAGAACUCUAGCCUGCUAAGGUGGACCAACAACAGGAACAACAACAACAAGAACAACAGUAAAAAUGCGAACAAGAAUUGGCUCCAUCCCCCAGAGGCUCUGCAGAAAGGUCACAUUGCCUAUCUUGUCAAGUUCCUUGGGAGCACAGAGGUGGAUCAGCCCAAGGGAAUUGAAGUAGUUAAGGAGGGCAUAAGAAAAUUGAAAUUCAAUCAGCAACUGAAGAAGGCCGAAGGCAGUAAGACGCCCAAAGUAGAGCUCACAGUAUCCAUCGAUGGCGUGGCUAUUCAUGAACCUAAAACAAAGCGGAAUCUGCACCAGUACCCUCUGCAUAGAAUCAGCUACUGUGCUGAUGACAAGGCUGAGAAACGCUUCUUUAGCUUUAUUGCCAAAGAGGCAGACUCUGACAAACACACUUGCUUUGUUUUUGUCAGCGACAAGCUGGCAGAGGAGAUUACACUUACAAUUGGCCAGGCAUUUGACUUAGCUUACCGAAGAUUUGUGGAAACAUCAGGACGAGAGGUUGAGAUGCGAAGGCAGCUGCUGAUUCUGCAGAAGAGAGUUCAGGGUUUGGAGGAUGAGAACAAAACACUCAAGACACGAAUCACAGAGUUGGCAUCACUGAAGGACAGACCUGAUGUGGAUGAAUACAUGAAAAAAAAUAAUAUAUCUGACCUCCUGACCCUCAAUGGUGAGAGCAGUACUGACCCUUCCCCAUCAGAACUGCUGGCCACAAGCAGCACGCUCACUCCUCCUCCCAUUCCACCAAGAAAUGCUGCGAAACAAGAGGAUGACACUUUCCUAGGGGAUAUCUUGUCUACUCCCAUGACCUUAAAUGGUGCUGGAGACAAUGCCAAUAAUGACGAUGAUGACGACUUCAACCCAAGAGCUGAAGAAUUUCCUUCAGUGAAUGGAAUCAGUACAGGAUCCAUCAAUAAUGGAGAUUCAUCCGAAAAUCCUGAUGAUGACUUUGAUCCUAGAGCUGAAGAGAAGAAACCUCCAUCUUUUGCAACUGUGCCAGCUCCUGAGACCAAUGGGUUGGCAAAGGCCCCACCUGCAUUAAUUCCUCCUCCUCGACCAUCUCGUGCUCAUGAGCAACAAAAUGGUUUAUCAGAUGACAUAUUUGACACGCCAGCUGACCCAUUUGGUUCAGUAGCUUUUACUCCAGCAAAUAACAACAAUGAUGUUCUGGCUCAGUUUAUGGAAAUGAAGGCUGGAUUUAGUCGUGGCCUCUCAUUUGGUACAGCAGAUGACGACUUCACCCUGGAGAGUCUAGACCCUCUGAAAAACUAAUUUAAAAGAGCAGUGUCAUUAACAGUGUCUAAAGGUGUCCAACCGCAAAAAAGCAA